UAUAGAUAGUGUGUAGAUGGCGCUGGUCGUGCAGUAGGUGCUCUGUUGCAGUGCAUCAUGGGAGAGGAGUUCAUCAGGGAGCUGUUGUCUCUGUGCUUACACCGGCUCGCUUUAGAGCAGAACACACACUCUGAGCUCGAGCUUAUUGAGGUGGUGAGAAACUUCGAGGUGGUCAGGAAGAAAUGGCUCCAUGCCGAACUCGAGCUGAAGAAAUACAAAGAGCUGCUGGUGAAGUCAGACGUGGCGCGAGCCGCCCUGGAGGUCAAACUCAAACACGCCCGCAAUCAGGUGGACGUGGAGAUCAAGAAACGUUUCAAAGUGGAGGCCGACUAUCAGCACCUGGAACGUCAGAUGCUGCUGAUGACUGAAAUUCUCGCUCAGGACGGCAAAACCAACGCCUGCCUUAAUGAGGAACAGAGGAACAUGCUGGCCAGCUUCCAUCACCGAGGAGCUAACAUCACACAGCACAGAGGAAAACGGUUAUCUGUGAUAGACGAGUCAUCUUUCCUGUCCCAUUCUGACAUCAGCUACGACAGGACCGAUGAUGACCUGGAUUUGGACAGUCCAGCUGUUGUGAAGCCUCUGAAAUCGAGACCUCGGGAGAAAAGACGGUCAUCUAUGGGGCCGAACCUUGGACUUCCCAUACAAAAACGUGGGCGACUCGGUGGACGUUCUGGAGAUCUGCUCAGUGUGAGACAGUCCGAGAAGGAAGUGGAGGCGACAGUGGUCACAGCAUCAGUAUCUACCCCUGAAAAUGGUGGUCAGAUCCACAUGGUGAUCGAUAUCACUCAGGAAAUGCCGGAGCCAAUCAGAACCCGGGCUGAUCUCCUCCCCUCUGUGAGCGAGCAGACCUCCGUGUGGGCUCACUCUGAAAUCACAGAGGUUGAGAUGGAGGAGACUAGUGCAGAACCCAAAGUUCCUGUCAAUCCCAUUGUGGACGCUAACGCCCAGCACACUAACGUCCAGCAUAACAUUGUCCAGCACGCUAACGUCCAGCAUGCUAACAUCCAGCAUAACAUCGUCCAGCAUGUUUUCCUGCCCAAAACAGUGAUCCGUCCUGAGACCUGCACUCCCUGUAGGAAGAGGAUCCGUUUUGGGAAGGUGGCGGUGAAGUGCAGGGACUGCCGUGUGAUCGCUCAUCCUGAGUGUAAACAGAUGUGUGUGGAAAAAUGUUUCCAAAACACACAAAGAACUGUCCAGCCUAGUGAGGUCACUUUGGAGAGUUUUUGUCCGUCCACUCCUCCCCGGAUUCCUGCUCUCAUCAUUCAGUGUGUUAAAGAAAUCGAGCGACGUGGCCUCGAGGAGAAGGGACUGUACCGUGUGCCAGGAGGAGAGCGGGCAGUGAAGGAGUUACGGGAGCGGUUCCUCAGUGCUAAAGCUCCUCUUCUGCUGCACAGGGUGGACGAGAUUCACGUGGUGUGUGGCCUCCUGAAGGACUUCCUGAGAAAGCUUGGAGAGCCGCUAGUCACCUUCACACUCCACAAAACCUUCAUGGAGGCAGCAGAAUUAGAAGAUGAUGAGAACAGCUCAGUGAUGAUGAUGCAGGCCAUCAGAGAACUUCCACAACCAAACAGGGAGACACUCGCCUUCCUGAUACUGCACCUACAGAGAGUUACUCAGAGUCCUCAGUGUCAGAUGGAUCAGAACAAUCUGGCUCGUGUUUUUGGACCAACCAUUAUUGGACACGGCAUGUCUGAGCCGUCUCCCCUUACUAUCAUGAGGGACACCAACACACAGCCUAAAGUGGUGCUGCGUCUGCUUUCUUUCCCGGCUGAUUACUGGAGCAGUCUCCUUACUGGAGAGGGAGGAACACACACCCCCACAGCGAGGGAUCCGCCCAGAUCACACACCCCCACAGCGAGGGAUCCGCCCAGAUCACACACCCCCACAGCGAGGGAUCCGCCCAGAUCACACACCCCAACAUCGAGAGAUCAGCUUAUCUCUUCUCUCAUCCAAUCCAACAUCAGCAACUCCACUCCAUCCUCAGACCGAGACCGGAUGUUCAAACCCGUUACCUCUCCUGAGCUGAGUAAAUAUACCAGGACUCCAGGAGGCUCCUCGAUCAAAGGCAGAAUCAAGACACUGGGCAGUGCUUUCAACAACCCACCCAAACCGCGACCUGAGCCGGCGAAAAAGAAGUUCUUUACAUCACCCAAGUGAGAGAGACAGGACUGUGUGUGUGUGUGUGUGUGUGUGUGUGUGUGUGUGUGUGUGUUCACUAGGUGUUGCACAGUGUUUUGCUGUAAUGAUGUAGCGUGGUGUUUACUAGAAUUGCAGUAUAAUAUUGUUGUGAUUAUUUUUAAAAAUCGGCUUCCUUAAUCCAGAACAUGGUAAAAACUACACAAAGAACAAAUAUGUGUGUGUGUGAGAGAUAAUGCACAGGAUGUUUCGGUACUUUUGAUCAUGGGAAGCACUCUGAAAAUGUAAAUAAACUUCGUGCAGCAAGGCGUCUCUGGCUUGAUAAAUGGCUCGUAUAACCCCAAACACACACACACGUUCAUGUUAUUACCCUAACAGAAUAAAUGAUGUGAAUAAUUCUUCUGUAUCUGUUCUUACACUGUUCAUAAAGAUAAAGUUCAGGAAAGUGAGAGUUGCAGCUCUGACACUGGAGACUCCUUCCAGAAAUCUUCCCGAAACACCCUUACUUCACUGGAACACCCUUCUCUUCCAUCUUUAAUCUGUCCCUGUGGUACAGCCCCCAUGUGACAUCACUGUUACUAUAGAAACGAGCAAAUAUAAACCUGUGAACUGGAGCUGCACUACAGUCAGAGCUGCUGCUCUAGAAACUUCAACAUCAUCUGACCAAUCACGGUCCAGAACACUGCAGUGUAAAUAAAUCAGAAAAGUAGACGUACGUUUCCUUUCAAUAAAAAC